AAUCUCUAUGCCACCGUUGCCUGUUGAAGAGGUGCGGGAAGUGAGUGAACUUCCGAGUUGGGAUUUCCGAGUGACGAGACUCAGUCAUUGUGAUUUGAAAAUCGUAAAUGUCUCAUCAAUCAUCUUAUUCAUCGGAGAAUCUGAUGCUUCCAGUAUCAGAUCCUCCUUACGACGAAGAUCGAGAGAGGCUUUUGAAGAGCGAUGAUAAGAUCCUCACAGGUUCUUCCAUCACUAAACAUGGAGCAUUCGCUGCUUUCUCUUACAUGUCUUGCGCUGUGCUUUUGGUGAUGUUCAAUAAAGCGGCUCUUUCAUCUUAUAACUUUCCAUCUGCAAAUUUCAUUGCACUUCUUCAGAUGGUAUGUUCGUGUUGUUUUCUCUAUGUAUUGAGGUGCUGGAGGAUAAUUUCUUUCACAACCGUUGAAACAUUAAUUAUAGCAGAUAACUCCAAAAUAUUUGUGUCGUUGAAGACUUUGAGGCACACUUUUCCUAUUGCAGGAACAUAUUUACUUUAUAUGCUAGUCACCAUGGAGUCUGUUCGUGGAGUAAAUGUGCCAAUGUAUACCACCCUUAGGAGAACCACGGUAGUAUUUACAAUGUUUAUGGAGUAUAUGCUGGUGGGGCAAUGGUAUACACCUUCUAUAAUUUUCAGUGUUGGCUUGAUUGUCUUUGGUGCAUUUAUCGCUGGAGUGCGGGACUUAUCUUUCGAUGCCUACGGUUAUGCCAUUGUUUUCCUGUCAAACAUCACAACAGCUGUAUAUCUUGCAACGAUAGCUCGCGUUGGAAAAACUAGUGGCCUUAAUAGCUUUGGUCUUAUGUGGUGCAAUGGUAUCAUAUGCGGGCCAGUCUUGUUUAUUUGGACAUUGGUUCGGGGUGACUUGACGAUGACUAUUAAUUUUCCUCAUCUUCUUUCACUUGGUUUUAUUGUUGUUUUGCUUUUGUCCUGCAUCCUUGCUUUCUUCUUGAAUUACAGUAUCUUCCUGAACACAACUUUGAAUUCAGCUUUGACACAGACAAUUUGUGGUAAUCUGAAGGAUCUAUUUACUAUUGGCUUUGGCUGGAUAAUUUUUGGUGGGCUACCAUUUGAUUAUUGGAAUGUAAUUGGACAAUCUCUCGGUUUUGCGGGUUCUGGUUUAUAUGCCUACUAUAAGCUAAUUGGCAAAUAACUUGCCAAGUUCUUCAGUUGGUGUUGUUCAAAUAAAAGUUCUUCAGUUGGUGUCUUUGUGAAUUUAGGAACACAGCUUGCUCUGGUAAUCUGAUCUUACUAAAUCCAUCUAAAAGCAGAAGAAUCUGAAUCGACCUUAGAUCUAUCAAACUUGUGAUUGAGCUAAUCUAACUUGUUAGAUUUUACCGAGUGAGAAAUGGACAUAACCUAAAAUUUCCAGGGAUUGGGACAAUCUAUGCUGUGUUGGCUUCGGUGUGUUCAAACUAUUAUUGACCAAUCAUGAGUUCACCCAGUGCUUUAGGUGAAUCAGUUGCACCCCCCCCCCCCCCCCCCCCCCCCCAUUUCUUUGUAGAGAAAUCUAUGAAAGUUCCAUGUAUCUAUUCAUUGUUUUCUGUGAGAUUCAAUUUUAGGAUCAAACAUUACUUAAGAUAUUUUAUGCUACUUGAGGUAAUGAUCUCGACUCGAUUUGAUGCCUCGUAUAUCUCAAUUUAUUAACGUAAUAGCUUGAAUUUGAAAACCAUGUUUUCUUUUGGCAUUAUA